AUGCCUCACCUUCACCACUGUGUCACCUACACAAUGCCUCACCUUCACCACUGUGCCACCUACACAAUGCCUCACCUUCACCACUGUGUCACCUACACAAUGCCUCACCUUCACCACUGUGUCACCUACACAAUGCCUCACCUUCACCACUGUGCCACCUACACAAUGCCUCACCUUCACCACUGUGCCACCUACACAAUGCCUCACCUUCACCACUGUGUCACCUACACAAUGCCUCACCUUCACCACUGUGUCACCUACACAAUGCCUCACCUUCACCACUGUGCCACCUACACAAUGCCUCACCUUCACCACUGUGUCACCUACACAAUGCCUCACCUUCACCACUGUGUCACCUAG